GCGAUUCUCCCCUUUGAAACUUCAAACUCCAGUUUGUGAACAAAGUCCUGUCUAUCUAUUCGGAAUAGGAAUCUCCGACCACUGACCAAACUCCAUUUGCAACCGCUGCCUUUUUGUACCUUCUCCUCAAUGACUACAUUUCAUUUCCCUAAGUGCCAUCUCAAAGACAAGCAGCGGGGGACUCGACACUGUAAAAGCCCAACACGGGAACUAGCAGCGGCGAGGAAAAUACAAAGAUAACGGAGCGCGAAAAGAAAAAGGAAUAUGCAUAUGUCUGGGGACUUAUUUUCUUCUUCCACAAAGAGUCGCCACGCUGAAGUUUGUUUGUGAGGCAUAUCCAGGAGAAUGUUGAUAAGACUAAAACCGGGAGACAAUGUGCUUGCUGCAGCAGAAAGGAGGCUACUGCUGUGUUGUCAUGCAGUAGAUGGAGCAGAUAGAUUUCUUUUGAGUAUGAGUGCUGUGGUACCCAACCAUCGAAGAACCAAGCCUGGAGGCAUAAAGCCCGGAGCGGCAACCGGCGGCGCGGCAGGGCCGACGUCUCAGAUCCCUGGUCUGUCACAGAGCGCUGACGAGAGCGCCCCGAUGGAGAGGAUCAGCGGACGGCGGGUUGGGAUCUUUGAGUCCGAUUCCGACUACGUUAAGCUUGCAAAACAAGGCGGCCACAAAGGGCUUUUGAGCCAUGAUGACAAUGAUGACGACCAGCCGAAGAAACCGUACGUUUCUAACAACUGGUUUGCAGGUGAUCACUCAAACAGCGGAAGCAAAGCAACGUCUCCCAACAGCCAGGCGAAGGGCGGCAGGCAGCCUUUGCUUGCACCGUUUGGCACUGAUAACAGUUCAUCCUGGGAAAGAGAGACCGAUAGCUUUACUCAUGAUAAAGAUAAGAUGUCCCCCGAGCUCACGGCCGUGGCGUUGGAGCCGCUUUCUGUGAGCGGCAAAUACAAGAGGAUGUCUCAUGAUAAGCGGACCCCCCCGGUCAGCAUGUCCAAGCUGCUGAGUCACGGCUACGUGGAGGAUAAAAAGAAGUCCCCCAACGACGACGACGCCUCAAGCGUAACCUCGGAGCAAACGAGCACCGUGGCGACCGAGGACGUGGACGACCUGGAGUAGUGCACGCCGUCGACAUUCCCACCUUUUACUCACUCUUCUUGUACGUCCACUGACUGUUUGUACUCACGUUUAUGCAGCGGUACGAGCCCUUCCAUUGCAUCCGUUUGCGUAAAAAGCAUUUUAUCAAGUAGAUGUGACGCUGUUGUUUUUUUUGUUUUUGUUUUUGUAAUGCAAUUCCUCAAUUUGACUGGCAACUGAUGAGCUAACCGUUUGGUUGCGUUAACCAGCUCAUCGUUUUCGUGGCCUACGUGUGUGUGUGAAGACGGAGCAGGUCAGUCGUAGACGUGUUUGUGCUAAUGGCUUUUAGUUGAAGUGAUGUGAAAUAUGUUUUCCGAGCUGCAAACCUGCCGCUCUGACAAAGGGACGUUUGGCUUGUCAUUCUGUUCUAGCAUUUGUGGCGAACAUUUGAACCACCCCCCAAAUUUUUUUUUCAAACUACUCACAUUUGUCACAUUUAAGAAAACAAAAAACAGAAAUAAGCUACAAGGUAAAAGUAAACUGCUACGACCCAUAGUCUCCCGUGUGGGGAAACACGCCACUCCAUGUAUCGUUCAUGUUGCUGCAACAAAGCAGAAUGUGCCAAGUGUUCAUACGCACAAUUGGAAUCCCGUUGCGUUACUCGACUCUCCCCCCGGCGGCAUGUCACGAGGAAAUGCUGUGCAGGCCAACAAGCUUAAGCGUUGACUGUGCAAAUGGCUUCUGAACACGCUCGCCAUGCAGCAGUGCGGGCGUCACAACAAGCCUCCCGUCCUGUUUCUCAUGAUAAACGUCCACCGGUGAAAAUCCCAAAUGUUACUUUUACACAAGUCCAUUUCCCACCGGGACUCAUUUUGAACACAGAAAUGCUGCAGUUGUCUCUCGGUAACGAGGAGUCAUCCUUGUCAUUAAAAGCCUUCUGUGUUCAAUGUGAGGCGUUUGAGUGCGGCACAAAUGGGGGCAGUUAUCCACUUGUGAUGUUGUUCGGCUUGGAAAACAGGGUGGUGCUCAUCCGUACCAAAGUGUGGCGAGUUUGUGCAUUACUAGAGUUUUGUUUACAUACUGAUGAGCGGAGAGGAGGUGGCUUAAGUAACACAAAUGUUCAGUGUAGCAUACCCUACACAUACGGUUUAUUUGAAUAAAUGGGCAUGUGCAUGUA